AUGGAGGCCUUGGCAGCUGUCGCCCUAGCCGGGAAUGUUCUCCAGUUUGUUGAAUUUGUCGGCCGACUCUUCAGGGACGCAUCCAAGAUCUACGCAUCGGCGUCGGGCCUCACUUCCGAUGACCUCCAUAUCCAAGACAUUUGCAGCAAAUUUGACACCUUCAGCGCACAGCUCGAAGUGACGCCUUCUGGCCCGCAUGCGCCUCUAGACAAGGACCUCCAAGCAUGCGUUGCUGCUUGCAAAAAGGACUGCGAUGGGUUACUCUCCAUCGUGAGAAUGUUGGCUGACAAGAAGGGCAAAACUCGGAAAUGCUGGAAGAGCUUCUCCGCUGCCCUGUCGCACAAGCUGAAGGUAGGGGAAAUCGAAGGUUUGAAGGGCAGGAUCCAAGAUCACCAGAACCUCAUCUCCCUUCAGCUAUCGAAGAUGCUUAACCAGAGGGUCCGGGUGAUGAGCAACGAGGUUUCACAACUCCAGUCGACCAUCACAGACUGGACAAUGAGAACCGCUGCCUGGUUUGACAGGCUUUUAGACACACACAAAAGCCUCGGCCAGCAAAUAGAGACACUCAGUCAACAAAUUAAGACACCCAAUCGUCAGGAAAACACUCCCCAAGAUGCCAUUGAAAGCAUCUGCUCCGGUCUAAGAGGUUUGUCGCUUGACACCCAAGACUACCGGCAGACCAUGAAUAUCUUGAGGUCUCUUGACUACGAAGAACGCCCGAAACGGCACAGCAACAUCCCCGAAGCCCACCAAACUACAUUUGCGUGGGGAGUACAACAAGACAACAUGGGUGAAAGCCAAGGGUCGGGGUCUUUUCGUCGCUGGCUGAGCGGGCACUCUAAUCUCUUCUGGGUCUCGGGCAAGCCAGGGUCUGGCAAAUCGACCUUUAUGAAGUUUGUUGCUGACAACGAAAAGACUGAAGAGUGUCUACGACAGUGGGCUGGACAUGGACAACUCGUGUUAGCCAAGCACUUCUUCACUAUCUACGGCACAACCAUUCAGAGGUCCCUGGAAGGGCUUCUUCGGUCACUCUUGCACAACAUCCUGGACGGGGAGCCGAAAUUGAUGCAAAAGUUACUGCCGACUCGAUGGACAAGCAAGUCAGUUCAAUCUCACUGGACACACUCUGAGCUUGAAUCUACGAUGCGAGCUGUCGCCAACAUGGACUUGUCGGUUCACAUGUGUUUCUUUAUCGACGGGCUAGACGAGUACGCGUGCGACCACCUUGAGAUUUGCCAGACGCUUGAGGAGCUAUCUAAAUCACCUUUCAUCAAGGUCUGCGUGUCCAGCAGACCGUGGAAUGUGUUUGAAGAUGCCUUUGGUAGCCCUAGAGAGUCCAAACUAUACAUGCAUGAACUCACCCAUGGGGAUAUCCUUAGGUACACCCAAGUUCGUCUUCAGGAGCAUCCUCGAUGGGGUUUCUUCUCUAGUGGCUCCAAUGCUGCAGCCUCGCAGUUUCUGAUCAACGAAGUUGUCGACAAGUCCAUGGGGGUCUUUCUAUGGGUUUUUCUCGUCACAGACCUCCUACGCGAAGGCCUGAGUAACGGCGACAGCUUCUCGGACCUAAAAAGAAGAGUCUCGAGCUACCCAAACGACCUGGAGGAAUUUUUCAAGCACAUACUGGAUUCCGUGGACCCAUUCUACCAUGAGAAGAUGGCGGGCACUCUGAUGAUUGCUCGCGAUGCAGGAAAGCCGCUGGCUACUGAGAUGUUUAUGUUCCACGAUCACGAAUACGACGACGAGGAUUAUGCGUUGCGCGAUCCGACUGAUGACCAAACGCUCAAUUUCGCCGACUGUGAGCAAAAGUCUAGCUUGGUCCCUCGUCGAAUCAAUGGGAGAUGCAAAGGUCUUUUGGAAUGGCAAAACGGCCGAAUGGUUUUCCUGCACAGAACCGUCUUUGACUUUCUGCAGACUGAUGAGAUGGCCAAGUUCCUCCGAGAAAAGGCCAAGGCCAACUUUUGCUCUUAUCUUUCACUGCUUCGGGCCCGACUUGCCUGGUUUAAAAGAACUGUUUUCACCCAGGAGCCCCCUCUCACGGUAUAUCGAGAUCUGAUGAACAACGUGCCUGAUCUGAUAGAGAAGGCGCCUGGCUUUGCUCACAGCUUGCGCGAGGCGGCCCGAUACGCGCGCCUGGCCAGUGAUGAGGGUGGAAACACAGAAGUUGCAGUAGCAGCCCUUCUCGAUAAUGCUGAACUCGGUAUAGGGAAAAUGGUGAAAACAUUCCAGAUCCAAGUCGACUCUGAGUCGACGGCGGUAGGAGUCUAUCGCCUGCUGCUUCUCGAGCGCGGAAUCGACGGCUACCUUGACAACAAACUCUCCAUGCCUGGAUACCUCGACAAUCCAUACACAGACCGACAUCAUUCGCCGCUCUCUUUUGUUCUUGAAAUGGUUCCUAUUUCCCCACCCAGCGCUUCUUCUAUCGACACCAAGAUCAACCCGCGGCUAUUGGAGACUCUUCUCAAGGGUGGUCACGACCCAAACAAAGCAUAUGGCGAUGAUACUUUUUGGACUAGAUUUGUCGAGUUUUACACUUGUGAAUUGUGUACACUUUCCCGUCGAGAAAUGCCUGGUAUCGCGCUGGAGACUGGUACCUUAGAGAUGCUGCUCCGUCAUGGGGCAGACCCAACAGCCCUUAUACCGCUAUCUCUCAAGGGAAAGUACAAAGUCCCUUUCUGGUUGCACCUUCUCCUCACCGUACGGUAUAUCAGUUUACGCCAUAGACCAGCGUUUGAGAGAAUCUGGGACCUCACACUCGACCGUGUCCCGGCCUUGAGCCAAGCACAAUUCCGCAAGAAGGUCUGCUCAUGGGUUAAGGGGAGAGAACAAGAAAAAUGGACUUCCCACAGCCUUUGGGACGCCAUGCCGUACGGGAUCCCUGCGCAGGAGCUGCUGGAACAGUCUCGCCCUCAGGACGACACAUUUCUCCUCAGGCUAUUGGCAAAGGUACUGGACGGGCUUCGCGAUAACCUUGCGGCCUUUGAACAGUGUCAGGGCUGGUUCGCACAGUGCCUGUGCGUUGAUCCUCAUCAGCUUAUGCAAAGGCUCCCAUGCAGGCUACAAGAAAUCAACUUCAAACGGAGGUUGGCUGAAGAGGAUGAAGAGGGAGGAAGCAGAGCAAUCAAGGCCAGAAGGCUCGUGUAG